GUGCUGCGAGUUCUGCGCCUGCGCAACGUCGAGGAAGUCGGGUCUGCGCCUGCCUAGUCGAGAUCAAAGUGCUGGUGUACCGAGAGCUGCGCUAGAGCGAAGAGGAGUUGAGGAAGGAACAACUUAGUGCGGAAUUGGCAUGAGUUGACCUUUGACCCCGCUGACCCCGGCUUCCCUGACCCAGUCAUGCCCCCUCGCCGGCCGCCCGAGCUCUACCGGGCUCCGUUCCCGCUCUAUGCCCUGCGCGUACACCGUGAAGCUGGUCUGGCGCUGAUCGCGGGGGGAGGCGGCGCUGCCAAGACGGGGAUCACGAACGGCCUGCAUUUCUUGCAGCUGGAUUGGAGAGAAGGCAAGCUAUCUGCCUCACUGCUGCACGCUCAUGACACAGAGACCCGAGCCACCAUGACUAUGGCGCUGGCAGGAAAUGUCAUUGCUGCAGGGCAGGAUGCUACUUGCCACAUCCUGAGUUUCCGCCUCUUUAAAUCCGGACAGAAAACAGGUGGCAGCAGUGGUGAUAGUACUCCCAAUAAAGCAGGUGCUGGUGAUAAGGAUCUACGGAAGCGCAAGGCCCCCAUCCCCAGUGAGAAAAGCAAUGGCAGCAUGCAUAGUGAGAUGAAGGAGGUGGCGGUGGAAACCUUGCACUGUGUCAAAACAGACACCAGCCCAGAUGCCUUGCAGAAGGCUGUGUGCUUCAGUGACGAUCAUACCCUCCUGGCUACUGGUGGCGUGGAUGGCUUCCUGCGAGUCUGGGAGUUUCCCAGCAUGAAGAAAACCCUUGAAUUCCAGGCACACAAUGGCGAGAUAGAGGAUAUAGCACUGAGUCCUGAUAACAAGGUGGUGACAGUGGGACGGGACUUCCAGUGUUGUGUGUGGCAACGAGAUCAGAUGGUGACGGGUCUGCGUUGGAAUGAAAAUCUUCCAGGCAUUCCAGACAAGGCCUACCGCUAUCAGUCUUGCAGGUUUGGUACAGUUGAAGACCAAGCCAAGGCAUUGCGACUGUACACGGUGCAGAUCCCCUACAAGCGUGAGCGACGUCCACUCCCCUGCUACAUCACCAAGUGGGAUGGACAUAGUUUCUUGCCCCUGCUCACCCGUCCCUGUGGCAAUGAGGUCAUCUCCUGCCUCUGUGUCAGUGAGACAGGCACAUUCCUGGGUUUGGGUACCGUCACAGGCUCGGUUGCCAUCUUCGUCGCCUUUUCUUUACAGAAGCUGUACUACGUACGGGAAGCACAUGGCAUAGUGGUCACCGCUGUGGCUUUCCUGCCUGAGACUCCUGAACUGCUCAAGAGCAACGAGGCCGCGCUGCUAAGUGUGGCGGUUGACAGCCGCUGCCGCCUGCACCAGAUUGCCUGCCGGCGGAGCUUCCCCGUCUGGCUGCUGCUGCUCUUCUGUGCUGGGCUGAUUGUGGGCACAGUCCUGUUACUGCAGUUGGCCUUCCCAGGCUUCCUCUAAUCUUUCUUCAUGGUGAGGUUCCUGGAAAGCUUGGACCUUCUCUGCUCUUUCUGUAAGGGACGCAUCUUCUCCUUUUUAACCCCACAGACUGGAGAGCGGACUCAGAAGCCAGGGCAAGGGUGGCCGUAGCAGAGUGUGUGGUCAGGCGGACUUGGCCAGGCUGGAGGCCAUGCCUCACAUUGAUCAAGUUUUGGCCUUGAACUCUUCUUGUCUAACCCCAUCACACUGAAUGGGGAUGGGGGAACUAUACUCCUCCAUUUUUGAUUGAUCUGCAAGAAACAUUCCAACUUUGUUUGCUCUGAGCAGAGGUUUCCUCUUUAAGCGCAGGGCUUGAACACCUUGAUUAUUAAACUCAAUGAUGGAGCAGAAUCUCUCCUGCCUGCCUUGUUGGUUACUUCUCCAUUUCCUUCUGGCCUGGACAGAGCUGGAGGACAUAAUUGCAAAGGGGGUUCUUUGGGGCCAGAAAUGAGGGAGGCUGCGGCUGCUUCAUGAAGCCUCACCAAGGCGUUGCCAUUUGGGAUGAUAGUUCUGCCUUCCCAGGUCUAGCAGGCAUGAAGCUAUUUUUUAUUUUUCUGCCAUGGCUGUAUAAGAGGAGGAAGGGAUAGAGAGGAUUAGGGAUUUUGGAAUUCCCUCUUGAGCAAGGCUUCAGGAUGAGAACAUCUACAGCUUGACUGCAGGAAUCUCUCUAAAAUACUGUGAAUAUACACAUGGAGAGAGCAAGGAUGCUUGUGCCGGUUUGUGUUUAUGUGCAUGCAUACUCUGUUUACAGUUUGCUUAUGUUAGCAAACCGUAGCUGUUCUCAUGAAAAAACUGAGGACUUCACCAAUUAAGGGUCCCUCCUCACAUCUGGCCCCAAGUGUUCUCCAGUAUGGAUUUCUCCAUGCAGUGUAAAUUUUCUCUCCCCUCUUACAUUAGGUUGAUUUCUUAUUUUGCGACUUGGGAGAUAUGUCAUUUAUCCUGUAGUUGUUCAAUUAUUUUAAAAUCGCAGAGGUUGUUAUCAUAUUUUUGUAGAUGUGAGAAUCAUGACUGUUAAUAUGGUAAGCUGGGAUUUGCCAAUUCAAAAAAUUAGUCAAAAUGGUCACAGCCUGAAAGGAAUGCUAGGAUAGGUGGUUCUGCAUCCUCCAUCAAUGCUUGUUUUUAUCAGGGAAGAAAAGGUGGGAAUAAAUCUUCCUUGAUAGUCCA